UGCGUCUGUAGUAAGUGAAAGAGAGCGGAACCAAUGGCGCCAGUCUGUCGUCGGACAAAUAAGGAGAUGCACCGAUUCUCACGUCUCACGUCUCGUGAAAUAAUAUCUGUCAAAAGCUGCGUGCAGUCAUUGGGCAGGAGGUCAGUUAAUGAGUCCCUCUAAAUGCAUUUGGGAUGUCUGACUUUGGCAUAGAAUCAAAUCCCUCCACAGAGACUUAUAAGCAGGGAUCAGCUGGUGAUGGUGCUUUUAAAAAACGACUCGGUAUUAUUGCAACUUGUGUCGUCGGAGGGUCAUUGGUCGCCCUGUAUGCAGUGACCGGACCGUUCGUUGCACCAGCACUGAGGAAAGUUUGUCUCCCGUUUGUACCCGCAACAAGGACUCAAAUCGAAAACGUUCUUAAGGUUUUGAAAACUAGAUCUGGGUCUCUGGUGGAUAUCGGCAGCGGAGAUGGACGGAUAGUUAUCGCUGCAGCAAAAAGUGGUUUCAAGGCAGUUGGCUUUGAGCUGAACCCAUGGCUGGUCUGGUACUCCCGUUACAAAGCCUGGAGGGAAGGUGUUCAUCACAACUCAUCUUUUUAUAUUUCUGACCUUUGGAAGGUCAGUUUUUCAGAGUACUCCAAUGUGGUCAUCUUUGGGGUUCCUCAAAUGAUGGAGCAGCUUGAAGUCAAGCUCCAAACAGAGCUCCAGAGUUCAGCCAAAGUAGUAGCUUGUCGCUUUCCAUUUCCCACUUGGACUCCUGAUGAUGUUGCUGGAGAGGGAAUUGAUACUGUUUGGGUUUAUAAUGCCAAGACAUUCAAACCUCCCAUCAGAAAUGAUAAAGACACUGAAAGACAAGAACUAAUGACAAACUAAGUUUCUUUAAAGAAACAUUUCUUUCUUUAUAAUAUUGGCAAACAUUUUGUCUCUCAUCGAGAUUGAAAAGCAUUGCCUAAUUUGGCUGCCUUCUGCUCCUAAUUAAAUAUCCCUGUGUUUUAGUAAAGAAAAUAAGAACGAGUUAGUUUUUUCUGCAUUUGUAUUAUAUAACAAAGAAAAGGGUUUUAUGUAUAUUUUCUCAGAGAUGUGGAGUGAUCAUAUCCUGAUAAGAAUAUUUUAUGUUCUUGUUUAAAGGCCUGUUCACACCAAGAACGAUAACUAUAAAGAUAACUAUAUUAGCAUCUGUACCAGUGAACGAUAUCAUCUGUUUAUUCUAAGCGCACGCUCGUCUGCCGCUUUAAAUUCUCGAGCUUGUUGUAGCAGGAUUGAUUCUGAUUGUGUGUCCAUGUUUUUUAUUGUUCAUUAGCUGGAAAAAAUCAUUUUGAAAGUUAUUCCAAUGAUAUCGUUUCUCUGUGCCGAUUUUUAGACCUAUUGUUAUCUUAUAGUUAUCGUCCUUGGUGUGAACAGGCCUUAAAGCUUCUUCAAUACAUUUCUUUUUUUAUUAAGUAAAAGUACAUCUUAAGUACUCAUAAGGAAGAAUAUGUAUGUUAAGUAAAUAAUCCAACAAUAUUCCUGGAAUAAAUUGAUCGACUAAG